AUGGAGUCUGAAGAUGAACAGGAGGCUGCGACCACCUGGAUAGUACAAGAAUCUGUUGGGAACGUAGAUUCCACUAAUGUCAGACAAGAUGCCAAACAAGAAAUGGCAGCUAGUUCAUGGGUGCGGAGGACAGGGAGGUGCUGUAAAGAGUGGUUCUUGCAGUCACAAUUUGUAACACAAUCUUACCACGGAAAAUUUCCAUCUGAAGAGUGCCCCAGUGAGUGGAUAGGUUACAGAAAGAAAUGCUAUUUCAUCUCAGAGGAGGAAAAAGACUGGACAUCUAGUCAGACCUUCUGCGCUAAGAAUGAAUCCUUGUUAGCCAUUUUUGAAAACCAGGAAGAAAUGCAUUCUUUAGCUAAGCGUUUGAAAAUAGAUGACUCCUGGAUUGGAUUGCGCAAGAAAGGUGAAAGCUUCUACUGGGAGAAUGGUGUUGCCUUGAAGGUGGACUUGUUCCAGAUACGGAAUCACUCCGAGUGUGCCUACUUGGAUGCCUUCACUAUUUCUACAUCAGCAUGCUCUUUGCCCCGGCGCUGGAUCUGUAUCCAGCUUCCCUAA